GCUGAGCGUGCACAAAGAGGAACAGAACGAGAAGGGACGUGCUAUAGGAGCCACAGGACAGCCGCAGGACAUGCUCGUUGAUUGCUGACGGUCGAUAUGGGAGGUAGGCGAACGCAAUGCAGCUUGAUCUCUGUGCGUGUGACGCUGUUUGUUUGUGUGUGGCUGGUCGGUCAGAUUCGGGUGACGAUGACGACUUCCGCAUGUCGGCUGACCAGGACGAUGAUGAAGAGGACGAGCAGCUGAGCCCUGGCGAGGAUCUACUCUACCGCUCACCGCCUGGCAGAAGGCAACAGAGAAGACACUCCGGCAGGUACGUACGUGCAGGACACGACAGACAGACAUGGCAACACCAGACAGACAGACAGACAGACAGAAGAGUGUGUUGCUGCCGUGCGUGUGUGUGAGUAGGUAUGAUGAUGAUGAGGAGGAGGAUGAGAUGGGCGGUAGGGAGGGCGUCAUGUACAGCGUCACCGCUCCAAAGGCCAACAAGCGCCUCAGGGCCUGCCUGAACUGCAAAAUGAUCAAAACCUUCGAACAGGUAGGUACGCACACAUCACACACACAGAGACAUUCCGGCAGGCAGCUGCAGCCAGCUGCAGCUGGAAGUGCGAGUCGGGUGCGGUGCCUGCCAUUGGUUGGUUGCUCCGUGUGUUGUGUGUUGUGUGUUGUGUGUGUAUCAGUUCUUCGAGGAGGGUUGUAACAACUGCGACAGGCUGGGUCUACAGGGCGACAAACAGAGAGUGGAGGACAACACCACCGCCAACUUCUCGGGGUGAGUAGUGAGGUCUGUCUGAGUUCACUGAACCGGACUCCGUGUGUGAUGGGAUGGUAUGGUGCUGGGGUGGGUGAAUGCGGCGAUUGACUGAAUGGCUGCAGGUUGGUCAGUUUGUGUGACCCGGCACGCAGCUGGGUGGCCAGAUACAACGGGCUGAGUGAGUGAGAGAGCACCACGAGAGAGAGAGGAACACAUACCUACCACAUUCGCACACCUCGAUUUGUUUGUAUCACCCUUGUGUUGUCGUCUCUGCUUGUGCAGCUGGCAAGCUGCCAGGCUGCUACGCCGUCAGUGUGGUCGGCGAACUCUCAGAAGGUGCGGGCAGGGGUGCAACUCCACACGAGGAAAUGAGGGCAGGAUGGAUGGAUGGAUGGACGUGUGUGUGUCUGUGUGUGUGUGUGUGUGUUUGUGUGUGUGCAGCUGUGCAAGACGAGAUCCGGCACAGCUACGACUAGGGUGCAGACAGACAGGGGGCCGACGCCCAGACGGACGCCUAUUUGUCGUGCAUACGAUACGUGCCAUGGACGUCUGCUGCCAGUGACACUGACUGAGACCUCGUUCUCCUCCUUGUCAGUGAAGACAUACACACAUAGAUCCAAUCCAAUCCACUCCAUCCAUCCAAAA